AUGAAAUGCACAUAUGGAGCCUCGUCGCGAUGCGUGUACUUCAUUUACCAGACCGCUUCCGAUGACAGCGCUAAGCUUACUUCCUGGGGUUGCGAUACAAGGCCAACGACAUACAUCAUUGGACCGCUUCAAGCUGAGCAAACUGCAUCAGCAACGGCCUCGACGAAUGAUAAGACAGACUCAGGCUCUGGACUCUCCAAAGACGCGAUCGCUAUUGCCGUCGUUCUCCCUGUUACAGGGCUGGCGAUUCUUGUAGCUGCAGCCAUGCUGUCUAUCCGAAGGCGCAAGAAGAAAACGAGCAAUGUGAUUCUUACGCCUGGUGAAAGAGCAAGAUCUGAAAUGGAGCAGACUACGGAAUGUGCGCCUGCCCCGGCACCGCCGUCGUAUGAGAUGGGUGAUGAUGCCUUGCGCCCCGAGCUUGACAGCCAUGAGGUUCGAUGA